GCUGAACCGGUUCGCCCCAUAGAGAGGUUUAUCCUCUAUUUGCAUGCCCUAACCAGUAAACAAUAGAGAGAGAAAAUUAUAAAACAGAACUUUUAGAGAGAGAAACUCAAAAAUCUGCAAAUUCCAGUGUCUUCAAAAUUCCACACUAACAAUUUCAAUUUUCAAUCUCCAAUCUUCAAUCACCUUCGUUCUCUAUCCACAACCGUUGAUUUCAAUUUCCAAUUUUAAUUUUGACGAAAACACGUUAGGGUUCUUAUAGAACUUCCGAAUUCGUUCAAAUCACCACUUUCAUACACGAAUUUAUCAUUUUCGUUCAUAUUCGUGAGGUGAAAUUGAAAGCUUCGUGGUUUUUUUAGGCUUUUCGUUGUUGUAUGAGAUAUAGGAUUUCGUAUUUGAUGGAUGAGAUCUGGGAGAAGGCUGUUGAAACGGCGUUAGAAGGCGAGAAGGAUCACGCUUCCGCUAAAACGCUAACACUUGACGGCGCCGUUAAGUGCGUUCAAGGACGUUUACCUCCUCCGAGCCUUCUAGAAAGGUUCCAGAACCUUCAGCAUCUUUCGAUUGCAAACGUCGGCGUUUCAUCUCUGGAGCAGUUCCCGAGGCUCCGGAGUUUGCAGAAGUUGAAUCUCUCUGAUAACCGGAUCGCCGGUGGUUUGGAGUUUUUGGUUCAGGCUGGACUUGAUUCGCUUCGUGAUCUCGAUUUAUCGAACAAUAGGAUUCAGUUUAUCGAAGAUCUUGCUCCGUUGGCGCAGGUGAAGCUUGUUUCGUUGGAUCUGUAUGAGUGUCCUGUUACUCGUGUUAAGGAUUAUCGAUCUAGGGUUUUUGGUUUGAUUAAGUCGUUGAAGUAUUUGGAUAAGAUGGAUGCGGAGGAGAAUGAGAGGCCCGAGUCGGAUGAUGAGGAAGAGGACGAUGAGGAAGAGGAGGAGGAAGAAGAGGAUGAUCCUGGGAGUGGUGAGAUUGAUGGAGGAGAGGAAGAUCGACAUUUUGGGUUGAAUAAUGGACAUGGUGAAGGUGUUGAUGUUGAUGGAGUUGUUGAUGCUGAUGAGGAUGAGGAGAGUGAUGCGGAUGAGGAGGUGACAGAGUCUUCGAGGGGAGGAGUGAAUGGGGUGAACUUGAACCAUCAGGAGAAUGGGUUUCAUGUUGCUCCUGUUGAUGUUGAAGAGGAAGAUGAUGAUGAGGAUUCUGGAGAGGAGAUUGAUGAGGAGGAGGGUGAUGAUGAUGAUGUUGUUGAGGUUCAUGCGAUUGAUGAUAGUGAUGAUGAUGAGGAUGGGGUUGAGUAUGAUGAAGAUGACGAUGAUGAUGAUGACGAGGAUGAUGAUGAGGUGGAUAAUGAUGAAGGGGAUUUUGCUGAACCUGAGAGUACUUCUGGACGGUUGGUGAGCACCGAAGGUGAGAUUGAUGGGCAUGAGCAAGGUGAGGAAGAUGGAGAUGAAGAUGACAAUGGAGAGACCGGAGAAGAUGAGAUAGCUGUAGAAGAAGAUGACGAAGAUGAUGACGAUGAUGAUGGAGAGUUUGAAGAUGAUGAUGAAGAAGAAGACUUUGGUGCUGGAUAUCUUGUUCAGCCAGUUGGACAGGCUGAGGCUCUCAAUGAUGUGGUUGUUGACACUGAUGAGGUUGAAAACGAGGACAUUGAAGAAGAGGAAGAAGUUGAUGAUGAUGAUGAAGACAACGAUGUUCAAGAAGUGUUGCCACCUCCUGCCUCUUCACACCCCAAGAGAAAGAGGGACAAUGAUGAUGAAGACGACGAGGACGAUGAAGAUGAAGAAGGAUUCACAAAGCCAUCCAAGAAGCAUCACUAACCACAGACGACGACACCAUUAUAAAUUAUGUCAUGCAUGCAUGUUCUUGUUCUGUGAUGACUUCCAAGUUAUUGGAAGCAGAGAAACCUCAGUUUAGAUAAUAGAACAAUGGUUAGUUUGUAGGAGAAGAAUUUAGCUGUUGGACAGAGGACAUAUUAGGAAAAAGAAUUGUGUGUUGGUUGGGUGGAAAUGUGUUAAGUUCAAAAAAUCGUUAGUGUUUUUUCCCUCUUGCCUUUCACAUAUAGCCGUUUGCUAAAUUAAUCAAAUUUUCAAAUGGCAGUUACCAUCAUGAGUUUACCGCUCAUGUGCUCAAUGCAGGUAUGUGUUUGGCUCGUAAAAAAGGAGUUUGCUGAUUCUUGGAGGGAACCAAAGAGUGCGAACCUUUUAAAAUUUUCCCAAAACCUCUCUAGCUUAAUGGAAGCACUUUUUGGCGGCAGAAAAAAGCUUGUAAAACAAACACAUGUAGAUAUUAUAGGUCUUAUGAAAAUGAUUCCUAUGAAGCAAGUUGGGUGGAAUUGUAAUGACGUGGCCAGUUCAUAAAUUAUUGCCAUUGUUACGUGGA